AAAAAACCUCAAAACUCAGAAACAAGAAAAAAAAAGAAGGAAAGAGACACAAAGCUAUUAUUUUUAUUCAUCCGUUGAACAUUAAUCAGAAAACCAGAAAAACCCUAUUUUCAUUCCAUUUUUCAUCUUCAUUUUGAGUUUUAGUGGCCAUGAGUUCACUGCAAUGACGCAAACCCGAUUUUCCCGGACUCGGAGCCCCGACCGAAAAGGACAAGCCAGAGGGGGAGGGGGAGCGGCCAUGAGAGUGAUAGUUCUCUACAAGGUGUUUGUCAAGGAAAGGAGGCUUAAUUUUAGGCUCAUAAUUCCUUGCGCUCUCUUUUACUUUCCAUUCUAUUUGAAGCGACGCCGUAAUGACCAGGAUGACCAGAACGAAUCGAAUUCCCCGGGUCAAAACCAGACAACACGGUCGCCGUCGUCGGGGCAGUUGACGGAGCUUCCUGGGUUGAUACGUAAUCUGUCUCGGGCUUUGCUAUCAAGAAGUCCGAGUGGACCCGUUUCACUGUCAGGUCGAGUUUGUGGGAUUGUGAAGGGUGCCGAUUCUCCUUAUUAUGCGGGCUUGAGGCGGGCCAAGGAGGACCCGUAUGAUGAAUUGGGUAAUCCGAAUGGGGUCAUCCAGCUGGGUUUAGCGGAAAACAAGUUGUCGUUAGAUUUGGUUAAGAAUUGGCUAGCAGAGAAUGCGAGGGAAGCGAUCUUGGGAAAUGGAAAGGAGCUGAGCAUUAGCGGGAUUGCAACUUACCAGCCUUUUGAUGGAUUGAUGGAGUUCAAAGUGGCUGUGGCAGGAUUCAUGGCUCAAGUCAUGGAGAAAGCUGUUUCCUUUAAUCCUUCACAGAUAGUGCUGACUGCUGGUGCAACCCCUGCAAUUGAGAUUCUUAGCUUCUGCUUAGCAGAUGCUGGAAAUGCAUUUCUUGUUCCAACGCCAUAUUACCCUGGUUUUGACUGGGAUGUAAAAUGGAGAACUGGGGUGGAGAUGAUACAUGUUCCUUGCCGAAGUGCUGACAACUUCAAUUUGAGUAUAACUGCUCUGGAUAUAGCGUUCAACCAGGCAAAGAAACGUGGGCUGAAAGUGCAUGGGAUCAUAAUAUCAAACCCAUCAAAUCCUGUUGGCAAUCUUCUAAGUCGGGAAACACUUUAUAACCUUUUAGACUUUGCGAGAGAGAAGAACAUCCAUAUUGUCUCUAAUGAAAUAUUGGCUGGAUGUACUCAUGGAAAUGAAGAAUUUGUGAGCAUGACAGAAAUUGUUGACCUGGAAGAUGUUGACCGGAAAAGAGUCCAUAUAGUAUACGGUUUGUCAAAAGAUCUUUCUCUUCCAGGCUUUAGGGUUGGUGUUAUUUACUCUUUCAAUGAGGAGGUUCUGGCUGCCGCAAAAAAGUUGACGAGGUUCUCAUCCAUUUCAGCUCCAACCCAGCGUCUGCUCAUCUCUAUGCUAUCCGAUAUAAAAUUCGUUCAAACAUUUAUUACCAGUAAUAGGGAGAGGCUUCGAAGAAUGUAUGUUCAGUUCGUGUCAGGGUUGAAAAAAUUGGGCAUAGAGUGCAUAAAGAGUAGUGGGGGUUUCUAUUGUUGGGCUGAUAUGAGCGGGUUAAUCAGCUCUUAUAGUGAGAAAGGGGAACUUGAGCUUUGGGAUAAGUUGUUGAAUAUAGCCAAGGUCAAUGUAACUCCAGGGUCUUGUUGUCAUUGUAUUGAACCUGGAUGGUUCCGCUUCUGUUUUGCCGCAUUGACAGAGAAAGAUAUCCCUGUGGUUAUGGAACGGAUUCAGAAAGUUUCUGAAACCUGUAAAUUGAAUAGUUGAAAUGUUGUUUGUUUUCUCCAUGGUUUUAGACAACCCGAGAUUUUUUAAUUGAA